CCUCUCAUUCAUACCUGCAAAUUUUGAUCACGAUCAAAACGCAAACCCUAGUUAAUGGCGACGGAAGAACCAAUCGUGGAAACGGUUCAUGCCGAUGGUGAGCCGGAGGUAGCUGGAGCUGCGGCGGAGGAGAAUCCUCCAGUGGAAACAGGUGUGAAGGAAACGAAAGCUAAGAAAGCUAAGAAAACAUCUGCUCCGAAAAAACCUAGGAAUCCUCCUCUGCAUCCUCCUUACUUUGAGAUGAUUAAGGAUGCCAUUGUUACGUUGAAGGAGAGAAAUGGUUCGAGUCAGUAUGCAAUUGCGAAGUUUGCGGAGGAGAAGCAUAAGAACCUGCCUGCAAAUUUUAAGAAGGUGUUGUUGGUUCAAUUGAAGAAGUUUGUUGCCGCUGGUAAGCUUGUUAAGGUGAAGGCAUCUUACAAGUUACCUUCGUCUAAAGCUCCGGCUGAAUCUGCUCCGGCGAAGAAAAAAUCGGCUGCAAAGGCAAAGCCGAAGGCGGCAGCUAAGCCAGCAGCGAAGAAGGCGCCGGCUAAGAAAAAAGCAGUAGUUGCUGCACCGAAGUCCAAGGCUCCAGUAAAGCCGAAAGCGAAAGCUCCUACAUCGAAAGCCAAAGCUCCAGCACCGAAAGCCAAGGCGAAGCCUGCUCCCAAGGCUAAGCCGGCAGCUAAGCCAAAGGCUGCGGCUCCUGCGAAGACAAAGCCAGUCGCGAAGCCAAAGACUCCGACGAAGCCGGCGGCUAAGGUUGCCAGGACCUCGACUAGGUCAACACCUGGAAAGAAAGCCGCAGCUCCCAAGCCGGCGCCGAAGAAAGCUCCAGCCAAGAAGACGCCAGUCAAGAAAGCAGCAGCACCGGCUAAGAAAACGGCUGCACCGAAGAAAGCUGGAGCCACUACAAGGAAAGCUAAGAAGUGACAACAGAGUGGUGGACAAUGAAAUCUGUUUGUUUGUAGGAAUUAGCUGUAAAGUUUUGAAUGCUCGAUGCGUGGGUGUAUUUAGAUUCUUUAUUAUACCCAUGAAAAAUUUAUAGAGUUUGGAUCUUAUCAUCAUGUUGCCAUAUAAACCAGUCAUUAGCUAUCUGAUCAUAACAAGAUUCUGGUAGCCAGAUCUUCCAUGGUGAAAUUUUUAGUUGUUUCUCUUGUUCGUUUUGAUUGGUAAAUCUUUAUAUUGGAUUAUUA